AUGAAGUCGAAGGAUACAGUGAUUUCGGACGAGUCGUCAUUUUCAACGGAAGAUUCAUCCUUGUCGUCCUCCAGUUCACCUAAACCGGUCAUUACGACGACGAAAUCGAACAAACGGAAGACUAUGUUGGUCAUCGACGGUUAUCAUUUUCAACUGAAAGAUUUUAAUUCGAAGAAGACGGUCAAGUUCUGGAGAUGUGCGCAUCGAAAGUGUGGUAUGCUGCUGCAUACAACUCUCGACGAUGGUUUUUUGCAAUAUUCAGGAAGCACGAUUAGUCAUUCUCAUUUACCUGAUCCAGCUCAAUCGGAAAUCCGAAAUCUCAGGGAGAAAAUGCGUGAAAGGGCCGAGAAUGAAGUUCUUCCAUUACAGGAGAUUGCUGAACAAGAAGUGCGAAAAGCUUUGCUCACAGGAGAAGCUCUUGCUGUGAUGCCUCGCGUGAAUGAUAUUGAAUCAGGCCGCCAUUUAACUCGUGCUCGGCGCAAAAUGACCCCUGCUUUACCACAAUCAACGUCGUUUACUAUUCCGGACAUGUAUACAUUAGAUUAUCGAAAUGUUGAACGAUUACUGUUGCAUGAUAGUGAUGAUCCCAAACAUCGAAUUAAUCUAUCCGGAAAUAUUCGAUCUGCAGGCAGGGUGUUAGUUUGGUCAUCGGAUACUCUGCUGAAUCUGCUGUUCAACAGCGCCAAGUUGCACAUGGAUGGUACCUUUAGUUCCGCUCCACCAAUGUUUCAUCAAGUUGUCAUCAUUCAAGCUUUUCUGCACGAAACUUGCAUACCAGUCGUCUAUGCACUUCUCUGUGAUCGGAAAGCAGUGACGUACAUGCAUUUACUCAAUGUUCUAUCGGAUGAAGCGAAGCGGAUGAAUAAAACGUUCAAUCCGUCACUGAUCAUGACCGAUUUCGAACCAGGAAUUGCGAAAGCAAUCUCCAUGGAGUUCACAGAGAAGACUAUCCAGAAAGGGUGCUUCUUCCAUCUUUCUCAAAAUGUGUACAAACACGUUCAGUCCUUAGGUUUAUCAGCGCUUUAUCUGGACGAUCUAAUGAUCCGCAGUACUAUUCGUCAAGUGAUGGCACUUGCUUUAGUACCCGAACAAUAUGUUGCAUCUUUAUUUGCUGAACUUGGUUCCGAACUGCGUGAAGCCGAACAUCCUGCAUUACUCGAUUUCCUAAAAUACUUCACCGAUCAAUGGAUGCACAAUACAUCGAUGUGGAACGUGUUCGGGGUCUCGGACAGAACGAAUAACUACAGUGAAGGAUACAAAAAUCGAUUCAAGAAGCGCUUGCACAAAAGUCACCCUAACAUAUGGCUAUUCAUUGACUCCAUUCGGAAUGAAGUAUGUACUACGCACGACAUCAUUUUCCAGAUCAAUAGCGGUAUGGAGCCUCGUAUUAAACGACCGAAGACUCGACUGGCUGAACGACGAAUAGAAGAGUUGUACCGACGAUUCGAAAUGGAUCAAAUUACAGCGCGCGAGUUAUUACGUGGUCUUUCUCUUUUUGUGGCGCACAAAAAAUAA